UCAACACGGCGUUGGGGGCAGCUUCGAGGAGGUGCCGGGGGCGCCCAGCGGACCCGCACGCACCCCGAGGCGUAUCAGGCGGGGCCCGGGUGUUGGGGGGCGACUGGCAGCCAUGGCAGAGUCGGCGCCUGCUCGGCACAGGAGGAAGCGCCGCUCCACCCCUUUGACUUCCUCCACGCUGCCCCCACAAGCACCAGAGGAAAGCUCCUAUUUGCAGACCACAGAUAUCUCACUCUGGACAGUGGUGGCCGCUAUUCAAGCUGUGGAGAAGAAGAUGGAGUCCCAGGCUGCCCGGCUGCAGAGCCUGGAGGGCCGGACGGGGACGGCUGAGAAGAAGCUGGCCGACUGCGAGAAGACGGCCGUGGAGUUGGGGAACCAGCUGGAGGGCAAGUGGGCGGUGCUGGGGACCCUGCUGCAGGAGUACGGGCUGCUGCAGAGGCGGCUGGAGAACAUGGAGAACCUGCUGAGGAACAGGAACUUCUGGGUCCUGCGGCUGCCCCCGGGCAGCAAGGGCGAGGCCCCCAAGGUGUCCAGGUCACUUGAAAAUGAUGGAGUCUGUUUUUCAGAGCAGGAGUGGGAGAACCUGGAGGGCUGGCAGAAGGAGCUGUACACAAAUGCGAUGAAAAGCAGCUAUGAGACUCUGGUCUCUCUAAAGGUGCUUGGCCAGCCAGAAGGAGAAGCGGAGUUGGGUACAGAGAUGCUGGGUGACUUGGAGGAGGAAGACGCUCGUGGUGUCCACCCAGUGGAAGGGGUUAUGAUCAAGCAGGAGAUACAGUACACGCAGGACGGCUCUGCGGAACUUCCUGGAGAGUUCUCGGGCAUUGCCGAAGAGCACGCUUUCCUGAGCCCAGAGCAGCCUGAGCUCUGGGAUGGUCAGGGACGUUCUGUCCUCUUGGAAUCAGGUCCCGGGGACACUAAUCCAGAGGAGCCCAUUGAGGGCAGUAGAGACCCUGGCAGUGGCAGAACUCUGGGCUGCCCCCCGAAGCAGAAGUCUACCAGGCAGCUGCAGCUGGGUCAGCAGCGUGGGCAGGGCCUGAAGCUGAAAAGGGACACUGCUGGCCCCUACGAAUGUUCCGAGUGCGAGGCCAUCUUCCGCUGUAAGCAGCAGCUGGCCGCACAUCUGCGGACCCACUCAGGAUGGGAGCCUUACACGGCCUCGGAGCCAGAGGAGAGCCUUCGGCCCCGGCCCCGGCCCCAGCUUAAGCCCCAGCCCCGGAAGGCGAAGCUGCACCAGUGUGAUGUGUGCACAAGGAGCUUCAGCUGCAGGGUGAGCCUGCUGACCCACCAGCGCUGCCACCUGCAGGAGGGGCCCGGUGCCGGCCGCCGGGUCCAGGAGCGGUUCUCACCCAACAGCCUGGUCGCCCUGCCCGGCCACAUCCCUUGGAGGAAAAGCCGGAGCGCCCUCAUCUGUGGUUACUGCGGCAAGAGCUUCAGCCACCCGUCCGACCUGGUGCGGCACCAGCGCAUCCACACAGGCGAGCGGCCCUACAGCUGCCCUGAGUGUGAGAAGAGCUUUGUCCAGAAGCAGCACCUCCUGCAGCACCAGAAGAUCCACCAGCGGGAGCGGGGCGGGCCAGCCCUGGAGCCCGGAAGGCCCAACGGCCUGCUUUAGGGGUGCCGGCCCCUCGCCCGACUGGGGGAGGCGGAGGGGGCUGGCACUGUCCCCCCGAAGAGACAGUGUAGCGUCAGGGACUGACUUCUUUCUGAGGGGAGUCACUUUGAUUUGCUUUCCCUUGACCAGGCGCCAGGCCGAGCCCAAAGGCUGCCCUGAAAACCACGGAAGAGGAGGAGUCGGGGCCAGGCCUCUCCUGCUGUCUUCACCCUGCUGCCGAGUUUGCCAUCUCUGUGGCACCGUCAAGUCUCUGCUUUUCCCAUCCGAGUUGAUAGUCGUGGGCUGGGGUUGGCUCUCUGAGCCUGCAGGGCUGGUGGCCUGUUCCAGGGCCCGUCCCGGCAUUCAGGUCUUCCCGAGGGUUGAGUCGGGCCAAAGGAGCGAGCAGACACGUGGAAGCCCUCUAGCUGCUCUUCUUUUGUCAUCUCCUUGUUAAUAACAAGUAGAAGAAAUAAUUUAAAUGAACUGCUUACUGUGCUCUGAAGACCCUUUUUUUUUGGAAUUAGAUUUUAGUUGGUUAAAGAAAAAGUCUGACAAUUUUUAGAUUUCCAGAGUUGUAGAAGUUGUUCCUAACAUGGGGACUGGGCCUGCCCUCUGGGAAGGGAUCACUUAUGGGGCUCUUUUAGCCCACCCACAUUUAGUCAGGGCCGUAGUGCUGGGCUCCCUCUUGUGCGGGUGCUUGGCACUCCGGAAUAGGGCUACCUGACCGAGAGGAGGAGAGUAGUAGGGUCAGACCCCAGAACCCCUGCUGGGAAUGAAGGGUCCUGUAAAGGAGCUGAGGUACGGUCCUGCUUCUCUGAGUUUGGGUUUCUCUCUGCUCUUCCAUCCCAUCCUUGCUGCGGUUCUGCAGCCUCCCAGCAUAGAAGACUACUUUUUACUUAAGGUUGUUCAGCUUAUACCAGUGGUUACUUGAGUUGGUUUUUAUUAUACCAGUUGUUUCUUGAGGUUGUUCAGAUCACACACUUUCCACAGUAGCUCUGGGAUUGACUAUUCCUGAAAUGGUGGAAAAAAAGCACACAGAUGCCCAUCUCUCAGGAGUGUUGAAUGCCUGCCCCACUGUUGUUUGGGGAGAUGAGAGUGGGCUCCUGGGUCCUAUGUGAAUGUCCCGUUUGAUGUUUGCAGUUGCCUAGAAUAAAACUUAACUACUAGCCAAAAAAAAAAAAAAAACCCACAAAACUCCUGUUUGAUGUUUUUCUCCAUUUGUCAAGAAUACCCUCCUGGGGCCAAGAUGGAGGCGGUGCCUGACCUGGAGCAGUGCCAGAGACCUGAUGGCAUAGCCUGACCUGCAUCCUUCCUUAAACCUAGGGAGAUGAGAAGAGGCGUGUAUGGGAAUACUCACCAGCACCUGUGGUGGCCGAGGGCUGCAGGCAGUCUGAGCAUCUGCACGUUGGGAGGUAGAGAGGGCAGGAUCUCCAGGUCAUGCUCUGCACACAGAAUACACUGUUUUAAGUGAUACAAAAAAUCUUGGCCUGCUUCAACUGUCCUUCAUUGAAAGUCUGCUCUGCUGGGUGAUGAGAAGGAAACAGACUGUGCAACUGCCUGAAGGACAGGGAUGAUCAAGUUAGAUUAAAUCAGCAUAUAGUGAAGAGUGAAAUGCCAAACAUCAGAGACUCAUCUGUCCAAUCUUCUCCUUCCUAUUCCACCAGGUAAGGGCCUAAUCAUCGCCCACCUACUUUUCACUCAGUAACCUAACUGGUCUCCUACCCUUAAUCACGUCCUUUUUGCUACCAGGGUUAUUGUCCUGGAACACAGAUUGGACAUGGGCUUUCCUCAAAGCCUUGCAGUGCACUGACGCUACUGAUGAAGAGCAAGCUUUUAAGUGUAGAUUCAAGACUUGGACAACCUAACCUGCUCUGGGUUUGUUCGCUUCUCACACUAAAUUCUCUCUCCUGCUGCCACAGUGGGAUUCCCGUCACUUAGUCAAUAAGCCGUACUUUCCCACGACUGAAUUCAGCUCAGGCUUUCCCUCUCCGGGGAAUGCCCUUCUCUGUGAACCAAGUACUAUUUAUUUUUCACUACUCAGUUCGUAGGCCCCCUUUUGUGGAAGCUUCCCUUGUUCAUUUCUUUUAUUCAACAAAUAUAUGUUGAGCACCUAUUAUUUAGGUACUGUUUUAAAUACUUGGGGUAUGUCAGUGUACAGAAAAACAGUCUUUGCCCUAGCUGAGUUUACAUUCGAUCAAAAUAUAUUUCCUUUAAAAAAAAUUAUUUUUAAUUGAAGUAUAGUUGAUGUACAAUAUGUAAGUUACAGGUGUCCAGUAUAGUGAUUCACAGUUUUUAAAGGUUAUACUCCAUUUAUAGUUAUAAAAUACUGGCUAUAUUCCCUGUGCUGUACAGUAUAUCCUUGUAGCUUAUUUUAUGCCUAAUGGUUUGUACCUCUCAAUCCCCUACCCCUGUGCUGUCCCUGCCCCCUUCCCUGUCCCCAUUGGUAACCACUAAUUUGUUCUCUAUAUCUGUGAGUCUAUUUCUUUUUUGUUAUAUUCACUGGUUUGUUGUAUUUUUAGAUUCCACAUAUAAGUGAUAUCAUACAGUAUUUGUCUUUCUCUGUCUGACUUAUUUCACUUGCAUAAUACUCUCCACGUCCAUCCAUGUUGUUGCAAAUGGCAAAAUUCCAUUCUUUUUUAUGACCGAGUAGUAUUCCAUUGUAUAUAUGUACCACAUCUUUAUCCAUUCAUCUGUUGAUGGACGCUUAGGUUGCUUCCAUAUCUUGACAAUUGUAAAUAAUACUGCUGUGAACAGUGGGGUGGAUAUCUGUUCCCUUCUUGUACUGUACCUUUGCAUACCUUAGAUGUUGUUCACCCGUGAAUGUCUGAGUAGCCUCCAUGUGCAGAGUCUACAGAGGGAGGGAUAAAAGGUUAAAUCAGAUUUUGUUCUUGGGCUCACAGGCUGUCAAGGGACUUUAAUAGAAGAUAGAAAAUGAAGCUAAAAUUCUGUAAGAGAACAAUUACAUUCAAGUUGCAGGACAUUGGGAAAGGCUUUAUGAGAGAUGACAUUUGAGCUGGACCUUUAAGGAUGAGAUGACGGACAUUCUAAAAAGGAGAGACAUGACCAAACUAGACCUUAUGGGGCAUGUACCAAUAAACACCAAUUCAUUUGACUUGUCUGGAGGGUGGGGUGGGAGGAGGGGAGUAGGGGGACGUGGUUGGAAAGAGAGGUUGGGGUCAGACUAAGGAGUUUGGAUUGUAUUGAGUUAGUAAUGGGGAGCUGAGAGUUUUGAGCAAAAGGGUGACCUGAAUCUAACUGCGAUUUGGGACUAUUAACCUAAGAAGAGGUACAGCAUGCUUUUGUUGUUGCCGGGGUGGGGGAUAUGUUAGAAGGUUUUUGAGUGAGAACAGCGAGAGCCAGUGAAGAUCUGACUGGGUGCCGCUUCAGCGCGAAGAGAGUGAUGGACAAGAUCACCGAGGUGGAGUCAACAGGAGGCGAUGCUCUUUGAAGGCAGGGACCAGGUCUUAAUCGUAUCCAGAUUCCACAGCUCUGAGCAUGGGGGCUUCCCACAUAGAUGGUCACAGCACGUUUACUGAAUGAACAGGUAUAACAGGAAUUCACAGGAUAGGGAGCUCAGUGCUGUCUGAACUAGGGAGGGCUUCGUGGAGGAAGGGGGAUUUGGUUAUACUUCUGGUCUCCCUCUUCUAAUACUUCCCCUCCUACCACUUUACAAUUCUGGGUGGGUCCACUUUCUAAUCUAAAGGUAGGGUGAGGGGGCCACGGGAAUUCUCUCUGAGCUGCCCCAUCUCCUGGCUGAGGGCACUAGCACAUGAGUAUCUUGACCACCCCCCAACCCUACGUGACCCUAAGGUGUUGUUUUAGUGGCCCUCACCUGACCAGCCCACCCUCUGCAGCACAGGCCGAUGGCCAACUGUCUCAGAGUGGGCUGCACCUGGGUGGAGUCACCCCUGUCCCUGCAGGGUCUGUGCCUCUACUUUGGAAAUCCAGUGUUGUCAACUCACCCAGAGGUGUUCAGGCCCUGGAGACCUGAUCUAAAAAAGAGCAAAUCCACAGGAGACAGAUUAAUAACGAAGGAUGCAAGGAAUUUUAAUUUAUAUUACAGCUACACCUGGCCUGACACCCAGGCUGGUCUGCUGUGGAAACCACAUUAUGGUGUCAAGUUUCUGUAUUUUUUGUUCAGUAUAUUUAUAAAGUCAGAGCGUGGGAAUGAGAGGCAGCUCUGGGAGCUAAUGCACAGGGCAGUGUGAUCAUUCAACCAGUAGAAGCAGCAUUUCAUGGCAACUAGUUAGAAAUGAAAUUCUGGACUCCUACCCACUCCAGCCGCAGGCCUAGAAACUCUGAGACCGGUGCCCAACAGUCUGCAUUUUAACAAGCACUCCAGGAGAGCAUGAUGCACACUGAAGUUUGAAUACUGACUUACAGAAACUCUUCUAAAAAACGCAGACCAGCUGUCAAAAAUUAGAGCACUCUUCCCUGAACAAAGCUUGUUUAAUACUAGCAUCUUCCUCUCCAAUCCAUUUUCCGGACUCUUUCUGUUUGCCUUGGACAUUAACUCUUACUUUAUGAGAUCACAACUUAUCAAUUUAUAAGAAAUGUAUAAUCCUUAAUAUAUUGGUCUUACCCCUGCUGAGAACCGAGGGAUGCUCUUCCUGUCUUCAGCACAAGUUUGCAAACUGUCUUAAGGUCAGGUUACUUCAACAAGGAUUUCCACAAUAAACAAUGCCAUAUAUUGA